CGACAGCCUGAUGAUGAAUGUGUUUGGUGCAUGAUGGUGCCUUGUACAACCAAUCCGAUAAGAGACAGGCGGACGCAUAGGUAUUUUGGCUCGAGUACUCCCCAAGUCACUUCUUAACGUUGCAAGACCAUGAUCGCAAACACAGAGUGGGAGAGAGCGCAACGAGGCGAGCUUUACCAUGCCUUCAUUCCCGAACUCAUCGCUGCCCGAGACCGAUGCAAGCAAGCUUGCGACAGGCUCAACACCUCUAGUGAUUUGAGCCGGCGACGAAUGAUAGAAUUAUGGAGAGGUGUAACUAACGACCCGCGCCCUCUUCCACCUCGCCAAUCCACCGGGGACGCGGACGACAAGAUACUCUCCAAGGAGCCAUGGGUCUUUGGGCCCAUUCACGCCGACUACGGCUUCAACAUCAUCCUCGGCGAAGGCGCAAUGCUGAACUACAACUCGACCUUUGUCGACACUUGUCCGAUCAUCAUUGGCGCCAGGACACUCAUGGGACCCAAUUGCAGCUUCUACUCCGGCACGCACCCACUCGACCCAGCAGUCAGGAACGGUACCGAUGGUCCUGAGCUGGGCAAGCCGAUCAACAUCGGUGACGACUGUUGGCUGGGAGGCAAUGUCAUUGUCUUGCCGGGGGUAACCAUCGGGAGAGGGUGUACGAUUGGUGCUGGGAGCGUGGUGACCAAGGACAUCCCAGCCUUCCACGUCGCUGCGGGGAACCCUGCCCGGGUUCUCAAAAAGAUUGAAACGACCAUGGAUCCUUCCUACAAGAAGUCAGACAUAUCGCGAGAGGACGCAAAGCAUGGAGCAGAGACUGUGAUGGCCGAAUCCAUGGACCAUUGAUGUUGGAAAUGGUGCUCGUGUGUGAAGGUGGAUUAACGAAACAGUCGCCGGUUGUCGAGUAUUAUACCCACUUCUCAUAGUCGGGGAAGAAGCGGUCGUGGAUUCUUCCUGCAUAGUCGAUCACAUUGGGAAAGCUCUUGACAAGCCUCUGAGAUUCUGGAUUACUUUGACAUGCCAGUUAGAUCAAGCACAGAGGGGAUUGGCUGGUCAGGGCCGUCAGACUGCUUCGCUGAUCCAGACUCACCUUUUACUGACAAGAACCGAGGUGAUGAAUCCAAAAAGUGUUGCAUCGGCCUCUGUUGGUUCUUUGCCGCCUAGGAUCCACGCUGGCUCGCUGACAGACGCUCUUCGAAGCCCUUGUUUCAAAGCGUUGUCAAUAUACUCCCAAAUCUCCGUCUUCAAGGCCCGCAGUUCUUCAUCAUUGAAUCGGCCAGUCCCCUGGCCAUACAGGGUAUGUGAGAUGCUGCGAUGGACAAAAUAUCCUAUUACGAUCCGCAUGGGAUAGGGAAUGGACCAGAGUGCUUUGUCCCGCUGC